UUAUAAUCUGGCCUGCUGAAGCAGGGAUGGACUUCCCUAAGCAGGAGGGCCAGCUGACUUUUGAUGUGGGCAAACGUAACACAUCACUGGAGAUUUACCUAACACCUGACCGUGCCUCAUCUUUAUCCACACCUAAGCGCUUCCAAGUGGAGCUAUACAAUCCAACAGGAGGUGCCACAGUACACUCCCAGUUUGGCCUGGCUAAUGUGACUCUGGUGUCAAAUGCAGCAAGUGAAGCUGUCUGGGUCUUACUGGACCAGUUGCAUCAACCCCUUGAAACUCCUACAUUGGACCUGGUGCUGCAGGGACUAAUAGAUAAAGUCAGUCCACCUCUCAAUAAUGAGCAGAUGAUCGCUGUGUUUGAAGGUCUGGGGAAGGUGCUUGCAGAGGCAGAAAGAGCUCCUUUACAGAACAACAGCCGGAAUUUGACCUAUAACCUGUUGUGUGCCUUGGCCAAUCCCAGUCGAGUCGACACUCGAGGUGUCAGCCACCUUGCUGAGGUGGCGGAGCGAUUUGCAUUCUCCCUCCUUAAACAUAGUCAGUGUGAGAUAAAGGUUACAGUCCUGGAAACUUGUCCGUAUAUGAACAUCUCUGCCUUCCAGUGGUACCCCACAGAAAUUAAUGGAUACAAGUUCAGGGGCCGUAAUGCAGACUUCUUCCAGCUCCCAAAUACUCUGCUGCCAGUACCAGCAGUUUUAACUGCGGACUGCGGCAACCUCAACAGGAUGCAGCUGACCGAGUUUAGAAAUGAACAUUGGUUUCGCACCAGUGAUGCAGCUACUGCUCUCAAUGGGAAAGUAUUCUCAGCCAGUCUCCAGGGCAGAGGGUCACGACCUCUGGAAGAUGGCAACGAGGUGGUGUAUCGUAUCCACAGCCCCGGUCAGCAGGUUAAACCAGGCCAGUCUCAGUGCCUUCUCUGGAACCAGACCACUGGAAGCUGGUCAUCAAAUGGUCAAUACUGCAGGGUUGUGGAAGAAAGUGGGAAUUAUGUUGAGUGUGCAUGCACGCACUUGUCUAUCUAUGCAGCCCACGCUGAGUUUGCAAAGCUUGCAUCCUACAAUGAAGCCUUCUUUGCCUCAGGAUUUAUCUGUAUCUCAGGCUUUGCAUUGGCCAUAAUAUCCCAUGUGCUGUGCUCCCGUUUCCCCAUGUUUGCUGCCAAACUGCUCACUCACAUGAUGGUGAGCUGCCUUGGAACUCAGAUUUGUUUCCUGGUGUCAGCUUUCCGUGGCCAAGUGUUUUCAGAGGACAGCUGUGCUACUCUGGCGCUCUUCUCUCAUUAUUUCCAUCUCAGUCAGUUCUUUUGGAUGCUCAUACAGGCGGUGAACUUCUGGCAAGUGCUCGUGAUGAAUGAUGAGCACACAGAACGCCGAUACCUGUUCUACUUCCUCCUGGGGUGGGGACUUCCUGCUUUGGUCAUCAUCGUCCUGGUCAUCGUGUUACUUGGUGGCUUUGGAUGGAAAAUACAUGAAGUAUAUGGACUGGUGCAAGGCGAUGUGUGCUUUAUCCCAAACAUCUAUGUAGCUCUGUGCACGGCAGUGCUGGUGCCUCUCAUCUGUCUUGUUGCUGUGGUGGUUGUAUUCAUCCACAUCUACCAAGUUACUGAGCAGUGGAAGGCCUACGAUGACAUUUACCGUGGACGGACUAACAGCACAGAUCCGUGUUGGCCUGUAUUCACACACGCUUGUGGUUUGCGCUCUUGUGCGUUCCGUCUCUGUGGCUGCCAUCAUCGCCCGAUGAUGGGUGUUGUGAAAUAUGGGCUGGAUUUGUGGUAUUUGACGCCCUGGUGUUUUGGGGUAAUUCGCAUCCUGGUGCUGUUGACCAAGCAGAUAAUGGUAAUGAUGAAGAAGUGGAGGAGGCAGAAAUACCAGUAUGCCAAUGAUGUCACUGCCCCAGUGGUGAAGUAA